AUACAGAUACAUGUUAACAAAUCAGCUGAUGUAUAUACACUUGAUGAUUCAAAAAGUUUAACCAAUUGAUCUGUUUGUUAUAUAUACAUGGCAACAUAUGGCCCUCCAGAUGCUCGAGAAAAUGCCAGAAUCAAAACACAAAUCACAGCUUGACAUGACUCGAAAGCUUUCCAAACCACUUCCAGCUUCAGACAAAGUUACACAACUCUAAUGCGUGCUCGACACGUGUUUCGAACAGAUCACUCUCACCUAUCUAUCUAUAUAUAUAUAUAUAUAUAUAACAGAACCAACAGUUUAAUUCGCUCAGUUUCUGUUGAUCCGCCAUGGCAGCUAAGCGAAUCUCGAUUCAUCCAAGGUGGGUUCUCCCCAUCACCAUUUUUGCUCAUCUCUUGGCCCUGGCAGUGUUCAUUCUCGUCCUCGUGUGGCUCCUUCACUUCCGGGAGGGUCUCUCUUUUGAUUCAGACAACAAAGGAAAGAUCUUCAAUCUGCACCCAUUCUUCAUGCUUCUUGGCUUUAUCCUCUUCUCAGGAGAAGCAAUCAUGGCAUACAGAACAGUUCGAGGUGUAAGAAGGACUCAAAAACUACUUCACCUGAUCCUGCACUUGAUCGCCCUCGUCGCCGGCAUAAUCGGAAUUUACGCCGUCUUCAAGUUUCACGACGAAAUCGAAUCUCCCAAUAUGUACACCUUGCAUUCUUGGAUAGGCCUGUCUACCUUCAUCCUUUUCGGAUUGCAGUGGCUUUUUGCCUUCUUCUCCUUCUGGUAUCCGAAGGCGAGGACGGCGAUAAGGGCGAGGUUUCUGCCAUGGCACGCCGUGUUGGGGCUGGUGAUCUUCCUGAUGGCUAUUGUGACAGCCGAGACUGGUUUAGUCGAAAGGUUCCAUUUUUUAGGCCUUGUUAGGAGUCAAGAGGCGCUUAUCGUCAACUUCAUCGGCCUGUUAGUUCUCCUCUUCGCCAUCGCCGUUGCUGUCGGCGUCGCCCUCCCUAAAACUACCUACUGAUUGCUGUCUGUGUCUUCCCUGUCUGCUUACACGUAUAGAUUGUCAUAUACUUAUUUUUGUUCUUCAUUCAUUGUAUGAAUAGAUUUGUGUGAUACUUAAUCUCUGUUUAUCUAUGGCGAUUGAUCUGUUUUCUUGUAA